CGCCAUCGUUCAACCCCGAUUGGGCGGUGCCGCUGCCACUCCCACCUCCCCUCUCCGCUGAUUGGCCGACAGCGAUAAAGCUCCGCCUUGCUUCCUGUUUGGCUGCGGGGGAUGAUGGGAGGUGUAGUUCUUUUGCUUGCGCAUGCGCAGUGGCGUGAGGGGGGACGGAAAAACGCGACUAAAAAAUGGCGGGAGCGGGGCCAAGAUGGCGGCGGGGAGCUGAGUGAGGGCUCGGGCUCGGCCCCGCCGCUCCGGAACCCCCCGGAGGCGCUGGGGGAAGGCCGGGAUUCGCCGCCCCCGGAUCCCCCCAAAGCCCCCAAUGAACCUGAACCUGAACCUGAUGAUGAAGCUGAGGAUGAGGAUGAGGAUGAGGAGUGGGCGGUGCCCUGGAGCGAGGAGGAGGAGCAGGAGGAAGGAGCCGAGGGUUGGACCCCGCGGCCUCAGGAGAUCCUGGAGCUCUUCGAGGGCAUCGCCCGCGCCGGGACCCUCCCGCUCCGGAACGUUCCAUUCCCGCGGCGCCAGCCCACGCCCGAGCCCCCCGCCCUGCCCGAGGAUGGAGGGGACGCCCCCGGCAGCCCCGGCCAUGAGAAUGAGGAGGAAAAGCCUCCUCCCCCCACGGAAUUCGAUUUUGACGACGAACCCGCCCCCCCCAACCCCGCCCUCAUCGACCGGCGCCGAACCCCAGGCCCCCCGAGCCGCGGGCAGAAGCGCGAGGCGCGCCUGGACAAGGUGCUGCAGGACAUGAAGCGCCACAAGAAACUGGAGGAGCAAAUCCUGAGAACCGGCCGGGACCUCUUCCCCCCCGAGGGCCCCCAGAGCCCCAAGCGGCCCCCGGGGCUCUUCCUCAGGACCAGGAAAUACUGAAAAAUAUUAAAUAUAUUAAAAUAU